AAGGAUCUGGAGCGCUGGAGUUGGGGCUCCAGCUCAUGACGCUGUCUGAGGGAGCUGUGGGGCCCUCGCGAUAGGAUUUCCUCCACAGCGGCUCCCAGCCAGCUGGCUGUCCCCCUUCCUUCACCACCUCCUCCCCCUCAUACCUUUCAGGAUCCCUGACUCAGUCUCAGGAUCUCAGGAUAUUGUUAGCACUCAUCCCUGGGUGAGCCUAGAAGAGCCCCCAUUCCACACAGCAGCACUAGCUCCCUCCCAGGGGAGACUGCCUGCCCCUCAGGGCCCUGGGAUGGUUCCCAGGCCUGCCAGAAAUGGGCAGGAAGCCAAAACUGACCUUCGGAAAGACUCAAGUCUUGGAUAACUGACAGCCCCCAGAUCCUGCUCCAGGUUCCUUCCUCAGGAAAAGCCAAGUUCAGGCAGAACCUUGCCAAGUCUCUGCCCCUCCCUCAGGCUGCAGACAACAGCCCCAAACUCAUCAUAGGGGGAGGGAGGAAGUCUGGUAGGAACUCUUAUUGCAACAGAGCCCUAGCCCUAUAAAAACCCGGGAGCACAGACCUUUACACAGCUUGCCUGUGUGUGUGUGGAUGCCGGCCUGGAGUCUCUCAGCCUCACCUGCCAGACAACACCCUUUCCUCCUCACCCUGUCUCCUAUAUUCUCCUGAAAUCCUGAUCUCCAUCUUGGCCAGCCCAGACAAUGCCUCCCAACCUCACCGGCUACUACCGCUUUGUCUCACAGAAGAACAUGGAGGACUACCUGCAAGCCCUAAACAUCAACAUGGCUCUACGGAAGAUAGUGCUGCUGCUCAAGCCAGACAAGGAGAUUGACCAUCAGGGCAACCACAUGACAGUGAAGACCCUCAGCACCUUCCGAAACUAUGUUCUGGAAUUUGAGGUGGGAGUUGAGUUUGAGGAGGACCUAAGCAUCAUGGAUGGACGAAAAUGCCAGACCAUAGUAACCUGGGAGGAGGAGCAGCUUGUAUGUGUACAGAAAGGGGAGGUCCCCAACCGGGGCUGGAGACACUGGCUGGAGGGAGAGAAGCUGCAUCUGGAACUGACUGCAAGGGAUGCAGUUUGUGAGCAGGUCUUCAGGAAGGUCAAAUAGCCGGAGAGGAGCUGAGGGCCCCUCCAGACCGCGCCAGUCCCCAGACUCCUCUUGCUUGUGCCCCUUCAAGCCCAGAUUGUCCCAGGUCAGCAGUCCCUUUCUCAGGCCACUUACUCUCCCUCUGGGUCCCUCCUCACCCCUCCCCAUGUUAAUCUAUAACUUUCAGCCCCCAGGCCAAAGUCCUUCUUUCUCACACUCCACUGCCCAAUAGUGACCUCUUAUCCAAUUCCAGGUCUGGCCUCCUGGAUGAAAGAAACAGACGAAGGGGGAAGGGCCCUUGAGAAUAUCUAAUCUCAACUCUCUUUAGUUCAUUUGACCUCUUAUUUUUCAUCUAAGAAAGAAUUAAGCUUUGAGAAUUUGGGAACUAGUGGAAACUCUAUCCUGGUAGACCUUUUGGAAAACUGUAACUGGGGUUCAAGAAUUUAAACAGGAGCUACUGG